CGCUCCGCUCCGCUCCGCUCCAGCCAUGUUUUAAUUCUCCAUCUCUAAACGACUAAACCAAUAUAAUAAUAUAUCGCAUCCGUUCAUUUAUACAUUCUUAUACUCUGGAUCCUGAUCUGAACCCUGCCCCUCCACCACCGGACCAGACACCGCGCAGGAGCUCAUUAGUUCCUUCCCACCUUUCCCAUAUCUUUGGCGUAACACCGUAAGAUUAUGAAAAAAUCCCAGUUCUGAUUUUGUUAGUUUUCCUUUUCUUACCUCUCGGGCCGCCUCGCUAGGUUCUGUUGUGUGUUUUUCCGCAGACCACAGGACCAUGUUGGAAAAGGAGUUUUUCACCGAGUAUGGCGAGGCAAGCCAGUACGAUAUACAAGAAGUGGUUGGGAAAGGAAGCUACGGGAUUGUUGCAUCGGCUAUAGAUACUCACACCGGGGAGAAGGUGGCCAUCAAGAAGAUGAACAACGUCUUCGAGCAUGUCUCUGAUGCCACACGCAUCUUGAGGGAGAUCAAGCUACUUCGCUUGCUUCGCCACCCUGAUAUAGUGGAGAUCAAGCACAUAAUGCUUCCUCCAUCCCCAAGGGAGUUUAAAGAUAUCUAUGUGGUUUUUGAGUUGAUGGAAUCUGAUCUUCACCAGGUAAUUAAGCUGAACGACGAUUUGACUCCUGAUCAUCACCAAUUCUUCUUGUACCAGCUUCUUCGAGGUCUAAAGUAUAUACAUUCAGCUCACGUCUUUCACCGAGACCUGAAGCCGAAAAAUAUUCUGGCCAAUGCAGACUGCAAGCUGAAACUUUGUGACUUUGGGCUUGCUCGUGUGUCAUUUAGUAAUGCCCCUUCCGCUAUCUUUUGGACAGAUUAUGUGGCAACCCGAUGGUAUCGUGCCCCGGAAUUGUGUGGCUCCUUUUCUUCCAAGGUUUGCAUAUGGAUACUUCUGAAACUCAACAUGUUGUUACUUAACUCUACUCUUUACACUCCUGCAAUUGAUAUAUGGAGCAUAGGAUGCAUAUUUGCGGAGUUGGUAACAGGCAAGCCCUUGUUUCCUGGAAAAAACGUGGUGCAUCAAUUGGAUCUCAUCACUGAUUUGCUUGGCACUCCUCCUCCUGCUACCAUUGCACGGGUUUGUUAUCUGCUCUUCUGUCAAUUUAUCUGGGGUGUACUCACUAUAUAGAAUUGUGCUUGAUUUUGAGCAGUAAAAACUUCUUUGGCUGUAUACAUUGUGAUUGGUGUUCCAGAUAGGGAAUGAAAAAGCUAGGAAGUAUCUGACUUGCAUGAGCAAAAAGCAACCAAUCCCAUUCACCAAAUAUUUCCCCGGCAAAGACGUAGCGGCUCUUCGGUUACUGGAGCGCAUGCUAGCAUUUGACCCUAAAGAUCGUCCAUCUGCUGAAGAGGCACUGGCUGAUCCAUACUUCCAUGGCCUGGCUAAUUUGGAGAAUGAACCAACUAGGGUACCCAUUUCAAAACUGGAGUUUGAAUUUGAAAGGAGAAGACUGACACGAGAUGAUGUAAGGCAGUUAAUCUACAGAGAGGUACGGCAAUUUCAUGCUCUUUAUAUUUAUUUAUGCUUUAAAUUCUGUGGAUGUUGUUGCUCUCCUCUGUUGCUCCUCGGUGACUUAACUUAUAAAUCAAAUAGAUCUUGGAGUACCAUCCUGAAAUGCUAAAAGAGUACCUCCGGGGCAUAGACCAGACUCACUUCGUGUAUCCUAGGUAAGUUGAAAGCUUCAGGACGGUAAAGUACCUAAGUUGUACGCCUACAACUUGUCUUACCGUCUGGCACUUUAAUGAUCGUAGCAUUACAUUAUAAUUAGUCUUGUACUCAUUUGGUUCCCUCUUGGUGGGUUUCGUGCCAAAAUCUGCUGUAUUUUUUUCCAUAUUUGGGUAGGCACAGCUAGCUGUAUAGAUUAACACCGGGUCAAUCUUUCUCUUAUCAGCGGAGUUGACUGGUGCAAGGAACAGUUUGCUUGUCUGGAGGACGAAAAUGGCGAUAUAAUUGAAAGAACCAGCCCAGUACACAGGAAACAUGCCACCUCUUUGCCAAGGGAAAGGGUGUGCACCAUUGAUGACCAUGAUGAUCCCAAGAAGGGGGGCUGCCACUGUUCUCAUGGUUGUGCUGAUAAUGCAAAUCCGAAUUCCAGUUCUGUUUCUCGUCCAGCGACUGUACAAUGCCAGAGCCCUCCUUCACUACCAGCUGAGGAAUCAUCGCUGCCGCCUUCUGCUAACAAAAAGAGUAGCACAUUAUCCAAACAGAGCAGCAGCGGCAACCCCAUCACACCAACUUGCAGCAGUGGGUGCAGCCUGCUGAAGAGCGACAGCAUCUGUGCAUCCAUGUGUGUUGGUAUCGUUGGAAAAGAUCGGUAGGUUCAUGCUCGGUGAAUUUGACAGAUGGAUGGUGACGGUGUUGCUGCUACAUCUGGAAUUUGGAAGGCGGGUCGUGAAUUCCUCCAGUUUUUAUUGCUUGAUGAUGAUGACGAUAAGGUUACUGAUGUUUGCAUGUAAUUGUGGGUACAUUGUGAUAUCUGUUUUGUACUAACCAGCAACCGUUCUGUAUUCUGGUUCUUCGAUUUGGAAAUACUGGGAUUGUGCUUAUGGGGCAGCAAGUGCAAAAACCUCCUCUGCGUAGCCAUUUGAUUUGUUUUCUUCGGUCUUUAAAGGAAACCAAGAAACAAAACUAAUCACAGCAAUAUUUUCAGAACGGAAUGGAGUAUGAGCUACAUAAUCUAGAAGAAUGAAAAGAUUCAACCAC